UUGAAAGGUUCUGACCUGGACCUGACCAUAGUAAAAGGAGCCGCCGCCUCUCGAGCUCCGCUGACUGGACCAGCCUGUGCCUACAUCAACAUCAACCUCAACCUCAACAACAAGGAACAAGGUAUAAUUAGAAAUAUCUAAUAAUGCUUUACAUUACCUCUGGUCGUGGUCCCCACUACUGGUGUCACCCAGGACUCAAUUGGAUUGGACCAAAGGUUCUGGGUUUGUUUUGAUAUCUAAAUGAUCAGUGUUGGUGUGUAAUGGAACACAGAGGCAAAUUCAAUUCCAUUUAAUUCAAUUCGGGAAGUGAAUUGAAAUUCAAAUUCAAGAAUGGACGAAUCCUCACCCUAAAAGCACCAACAGAGGUUAAAAAAAAUGUUAUAAUUUCGAAACCCUUAAAAAAAAAAAAUCCUUCUGAAAUUUUAGGACUUUGUCAAGCAGCUAGAUACCAACAAAAAAACAUGGAGGAAUGACUAAGCUUAAAAGGUGGACUCAAUAGUAUAAAUAUUCUUUGGGGGAUAAAAGCAACAAAUCUGGCAUUCAGAAAAUAUUCAGACACCUUGACUUUUUCCACAUUUUGUUACGUUGCAGCCUUAUUCUAAAAUGGACAAAAAAUAUGUUUUUACACUUAUUCUUCUCCCCUCAAUUUACACACAAUACCCCAUAAUGACAAAGCAAAAACAGGUUUUUAGAAAAUUUUGGCAAAUGUAUUAAAAAUAAAACAUCUUAUUUACAUAAGUAUUCAGACCCUUUGCAAUGAGACCUGUUUCCAUUGAUCAUCCAUCAUCCACAACUUAAUUGGGGUCCACCUGUGGCAAAUUCAAUUGACUGGACAUGAUUUGGAAAGGCACACACCUGUCUAUAUAAGGUCCCACAUUUGACAGUGCAUGUCAGAGCAAAAACCAAGCCAUGUGGUCGAAGGAAUUGUCCAUAGAGCUCUGAGACAGGAUUGUGUCAAGACACAGAUCUGGGGAAAGGUACCAAAAAAUAUCUGCAGCAUUGAAGGUCCCCAAGAACACAGUGGUCUCCAUCAUUCUUAAAUGGAAGAAGUUUGGAACCACCAAGACUCUUCCUAGAGCUGGCCACCUGACCAAACUGAGCAAUUGGAGGAGAAGGGCCUUGGUCAGGGAGGUGACCAAGAAUUCGAUGGUCACUCUGACAGAGCUCCAGAGUUCCUCUGUGGAGAUGGGAGAACCUUCCAGAAGGACCACCAUCCCUGCAGCACUCCACCAAUCAGGCCUUUAUGAGAGUGGCCAGACGGAAGCCACUCCUCAGUAAAAGGCACAUGACAGCCCACUUGGAGUUUGCCAAAGGCACCUAAAGGACUCUGAAUGCGAAGCGUCACGUCUGGAGGAAACCUGGCACCAUCCCUACGGUGAAGCAUGGUGGUGGCAGCAUCAUGCUGUGGGGAUGUUUUUUAGCGGCAGGGACUGGGAGACUAGUCAGGAUGGAGGGAAAGAUGAACGGAGCAAAGUACAGAGCGAUCCUUGAUGAAAACCUGCUCCAGAGCGCUCAGGACCUCAGACUGGGGUGAAGGUUCACCUUCCAACGGGACAACGACCCUAAGCACACAGCCAAGACAGUGCAGGAGUGGCUUUGGGACUGAAUGUCCUUGAGUGGCCCGGCCAGAGCCCGGACUUGAACCCGAUUGAACAUCUCUGGAGAGACCUGAAAAUAGCUGUGCAGCGACGCUCCCCAUCCAACCUGACAGAGCUUGAGAGGAUCUGCAGAGAAGAAUGGGAGAAACUCCCCAAAUACAGGUGUGCCAAGCUUGUAGCAUCAUACCCAAGAAGCCUUGAGGCUGGGGGGGGACAAUUUAAUCAAUUUUAGAAUAAUGCCGUAAUGUAACAAUGUGGAAAAAGUCAAGGGGUCUGAAUACACAGUAUAUUUAUAAAAUGUGUGAGUGUACUGUGUAUAUAUAAAUGGUUAAUCAAAUACAAGCUUUUACGGUUUGAUAGAAAGUGUAUUUUUGCCAUUUCCAAUUUGGGGUAAAAUGAGCCCUGUUGAUGCUUUUUAGGGUUAAACAAAUGAAUGCAAUUUUUUUUGUGCUGUCUAUUUCAGAGGGUGUGGUCCUCCUGGAGAACCCUAAAGGAGAGAACUGUCUGGACAUGGCCAAGCUGAGGCAGGUCUGCUCCAGUAUCUUCGGUCUCAACAACACCAAGCUCUGUGUGUUCAACGGCAAGACG